AUGUACUUAUCAUUGGGAUUUACGUAUAAGAUCAUUAAUGGUCAAGAACGACCAAUGUGUUUGCUGUGUAUGAAUACUUUGGCCUCAGAUAGCAUGAAACCAAGAGAAACUUUAGUACUACCAGCAGCUAUUGACAUAAUAGCUACGAUGUUUGGUGAAUCAUAUGCUGAUCAAAUUAAAAGCAUUCCGCUGGCAGAUAAUACGGUGGGAAGACGGAUAUCUGAUAUAUCUGAUGAUCUUUGCGAUCAGUUGAUAGAAAAAAUUAAAUUAUCUUCUUUCGCGUUGCAAGUAGAUGAGGCUACCGAUGUUGCUAAGGAUGCACACUUAAUAACAUAUAUAAGAUAUGUUAUGGAAAAUGAUAUUAGAGAAGAGUUGUUAUUCUGUAAGAACUGUGUUGGACUGUGCACUGAUGGAGCUCCAUCUAUGGCAGGAAAAAAUGCUGGUCUGCAGGCCCUAGUUCGAAAAGUGGCUCCUCGUGCAGUUUGGACGCAUUGUAUGAUUCAUAGGCAAUCUCUUGUUGCAAGGAAUAUGGGUGAAGAAUUACUUGAAUCCAUUAAGAGAAAGGCUUUUGGAAAAUUGUGUGAUGACAUGGGCUCAGAAUACAAAGCACUACUUUAUUAUUGUGAAGCACGUUGGCUUUCUCGUGCUAAAGUACUUCAAAGGGUGUUUGAGCUCAAAAAAGAAAUUGCCAUUUUUCUUGCUGAUAAUAAAAGAGAUGAAGCAGACAUAUUUUAUGACACGAAGUUUCUCGCAAAAUUUGCGUAUCUAGUUGACAUCUUUAAAAGACUAAGUGAUUUAAAUAAAUCAAUGCAAGGAACUCAAAUUCAUGCUUUUGUUCAAAAGGACAAGAUUACGGCGUUUAUGAAAAAAAUAGAGCUGUGGAUAGCUAGUAUGAAAAGUAAUAACUUUGAUAUGUUUCCUUCUUUUAAAACUACAUGUGUUAAUGAUGAUGAAAUAGAAGCAA